GUCGUACACGUAGGUCAAGUUCCUUUCAGAAACGGCUAAAAAGUUAGAUCAUAAUGGAAACUUUCAAAUCAUAUCAACCUUUUUACAGAACUUUCAGCCAUUUCUCCCACUUACAUAUUCUGUCCCAGAUACUUCAACACCAGUAAAAAUUCAUCUAGCAUCUCACUCGGGGCAGGCCGUUUCUACCCCCCACCCCCACCCCCAAAAAACAAAAAACCAUAAUCUUCUUUAAAUCUCCUAACAAUUAUUGAUUUAUUUCCACAACUCUGUCAAAACAUCGAGUCUGAAUUUCUGAAAGACUAUCUGUAGAAAGUCUUACCGCGUUUCCGGCUAAAAGCUCUAUUUCGAUCAAGAAUGGAUGAAGAAUGGUGGGUAGAGUUCCUAAAGGGAAUGCUGAAGCCGGUGGCGGCGCUAUCAGUUGUUUUGUUGGCGGUUGUGUUGUCUUACUUUCAGAAGUUGGAUUUAGAAAAGGAGAUGAUUUACUCCAUUUUUAGGGCUUUUGUUCAGCUUUCUAUUAUUGGGUUUGUUCUUCAGUUCAUCUUUAGCCAAAGCAAUAUCCUCUGGAUUCUUGUUGCUUAUCUUUUCAUGGUAAGUGUGGCAGGAUACACAGCAGGGCAGCGAGCAAAGCACGUGCCAAAUGGGAUGUAUGUAGCAGGUGGUUCAAUACUAGUUGGAACAGCCAUAACAAUGAUAACACUAGUAAUCCUAAACGUGUUCCCAUUUACACCAAGAUAUAUCAUCCCUGUUGCUGGAAUGAUGGUUGGAAACUCAAUGACUACAACUGGUGUUACAAUGAAGAGACUUAGAGACGAUAUUAAGGUACAGAUCAACUUGGUAGAGACUGCAUUAGCUCUCGGGGCAACACCGCGACAAGCGACAGUUGAACAGGUGAAGAGAGCAUUGGUGAUUGCUCUUUCCCCUGUUUUGGAUAAUGCUAAAACAGUUGGAUUAAUCUCACUUCCUGGAGCUAUGACUGGUAUGAUUAUGGGUGGCGCGUCGCCUUUGGAAGCUAUUCAACUGCAAAUUGUGGUUAUGAAUAUGUUAUUGGGAGCUUCUACUGUGAGUUGUAUCAUAUCAACUUACCUUUCUUGGCCUAAUUUCUUUACUAAGACUUAUCAGUUGGAAUCUCAGGUUUUUUCUUCUGAUUAAUUCAUUUCCUGGUUUCAGGAUGUAAUUUCAGUACUACUUAUAUCAUAACCAAAUGCAAUGCAUGCCUCACUUUGUUGGGAAUCUUCUCAUCA